AUGAUUUUUGUUCUUGUGUUCUUGUCCUUGUUCUGUUCAUAUACGCAUCUACUCACGUAUUACCUUGACAGCCCGUUCGAGAUGACUAACUCCAUUACUUGCACCUCAACAGAAGGACCAUAUCAUUAUGCCGACAAAGGAGCGUAUACAUUCGGAGCAACUGAAGCACCUAAAUCUCCCUCUGAUAUGCAUCCGCCUGCCCAUGAUGUUUCGGGUGACAUCCUUGACGACGGUCUCCGAAGAGGCUUGAAGGGAAGGCACUUUGUCAUCAUAGCUCUGGGAAGUAUUAUCGGACCUGGGACGUUUUGGGGCCUAGGAUAUGCCAUUUUUCUGUCUGGGCCUCUUGGUGCACUUCUCGGAUUCAGCAUUGUGGGUGUAUCCGUGUGGUUCCUCAUGCAGAGUGUCGGUGAAAUUACCACUCUGUUUCCGAUUCAUGGAGGAUUUGUUGAGCAUGCCGGCCGCUUUGUAGACCCGGCAUUGAGCUUCGCCAUGUCUUGGUUGUACUACUUCAUGUGGAGUGUCUUUCUUGCUUCAGAUUGGAACUCUGCGGUACUAACCUUACGCUUCUGGGUCUCGGAUGAAACAUUUCCCUCUUACGCCUGGGCGCUCAUUUUCUGGGCAGUGUUUUCCGUUCUCACAAUGCUCGGUGUCCGAGUGUACGGCGAAAUUGAGUACUAUUUUGGAAUGUUCAAGUUUGGAUCCCUAGUUCUUUUGUUUAUUUUAUCUAUUGUCGCCAAUGUCGGAGGAUUUGGUGGUGACUAUAUUGGGUUUCGAUACUGGAAGAAACCCACAGGACCAAUUAUUCACGGUAUUGAUGGGUUCGGGCAAGUCUUUGUACUCGCUGCGGCGUACUACGUUGGCACCGAGAUCAUCUCCCUAGCCGGAGGAGAGUCAAGGAACCCUAAGAGAGAUAUUCCCAGGGCUAUCAAUUCCAUCGUUUACCGCAUCCUGGUAGUCUAUGUCGGAAUGCCGUUCUUUCAAGGGUUAAUUUGUCCUUCUGAUUCACCCGAUUUACUUAAUGCGUCGUCUAAGACCGCCUCAUCCCCAUUCACGAUUGGCUUUGUUGCUGCUGGAUGGAAAUCAGCUGGUCAUCUUGUCAACGCAUUGAUCUUAGUGGCCUUCGUCUCAGCAGCGAAUGGGGUGGUGUAUGUGCAGUCACGCACAAUAUAUUCUCUCGCAUUAACGAAGAGGGCUCCAAAGGUUUUUGCAAAAACUACAUCUCGUGGGGUUCCUUAUGUUGCCAUUCUCACCUCCAAUCUCUGGGGUUUUCUCUGCCUCAUGAAUCGGAAGCUGAGCGCCGGCCAAGUAUUUAGCUAUAUGACAAGUGUGGGCGGCACAGCUGCAUACAUUUCUUGGGCGUCCAUCACGCUCACACAUCUGUGGCUUCGCGCCGCCGCACAGAAGCAAGAAGUCUCCAUCAACACAUUUCCUUACAAGGCAUGGGGGAGCAUUUGGAUAUACCGUGCCAACUUUGUCUUUUAUGUCUUUCUGCUUCUUGUUCAGGGAUAUACAGUUUUCAAGGACCCCUUCGACUGGAAAAACUUCAUCGCAUGCUACAUCACCAUCCCGACUUUUGUGAUCUUAUUUGUGGGAUACAAGUUGUACUUCAAAAUGCGUUGGAUUCCGUUAAACAAGGUUGACUUCUCUGAUCGAAGAGAGUGGGUGGCAGCUGUCUCGGAGGCAAAGAGUGAUUGUCGAUCUUGGAAGCGUAGAAUUUGGGACUUAUUCAAGGACUAA